AUGGACGACAAUAAUGGAGCCAUCAUCGGCCAUGGCCUGACAACGUUCCCCAAUGCCCAUGGCGAGGUGGCGCAGGGCGCAGGGCUUGGGUACACCCACGUCUAUGUGGACAUGAACUCACUGCUCCACCAAGCCGGGCGCAAGUCGGCCAAGAUCAAGGACAUGAUCUUCAAGGUCUUCCGCGAGCUGGACAUGCUGUUCAAGACCUUCCCGCCCUCCGCCAUGGUCUAUAUCGCCUUUGAUGGCCCGGCUCCGCUGGCCAAGCUCUCCACACAGCGCGCUCGCCGCGUCAAGGCCAAGGACAAGGAGGCGCGGAAGGCCGGCUGCGGCGGGGCGCAUGGGCAUGCGCCUGCCGCGUCGCAGUCUGCCAACGCCCCUGACUUUGUCUCGGGUGCUCGGGCAGGGAGCACCGCGUCGUCUGAUCUGCCUGUUCCGCCGCCGCCAGAGGCUCUGCCCCUCCCCACGGGACUGCUCACUCCAGCCGCGUUGAUGAAGGGCAGAAAGGGCCGUGGCAGGAACCGCAAGGGCGGCAAAGGCAAGCAGCCGCAGCCGCAGCCGCAGCCGCAGCCGCAGUCGCAGCCGCAGCCGCACCCACAGGUUGUCAACGCGGGGAAGAAGAAGAAGAAGAAGCGCAAGCCGGGCACCGACUCGGUCCUCUUCACGCCGGGUACCGAUCUUAUGUAUACCCUUGCCGAGGCUGUGCUCUACUACGCAUGCUCACGGCUCCAGGGUGACAGCAAGUACCGCGGGGUGCGGUUUGUUGUCUCGGGGCCCGAUGUGCCCGGCGAGGGCGAGGUGAAGCUCGUGCGGCAGCUGGUGGCCGACGCCGCGCGUGGCGACGCCCGUGCCAAGUUUCUGGUUGUCGGCGGCGACGCCGACCUUAUUCUGCUUACCCUGGCGUGCGGCGUCCGCAACGUCCAUCUCUUUGCCGAGGAUUCGGGCGGAGGUGGCAAGAAGCGCAAAGGUCCGCGCCCGGCGGGCGUUCGCUACGACAUCGAGGCUAUUGCCACCAAGCUCGUGUCACAGGCCGGUGGCCUCUCGCGCGAGCAGGUUGUGGCCGACUUUGUCACCCUCUCGCUCUUUAUGGGCAACGAUUACUUGCCCAAGCUCCGCGGCGCUGCCAUGGACUCACUGUGGAAGCAAUACCGCGGCCUAGUCAACGGCACAGUAUACAAGCCGCGCAAGCGCACGCAGCGCCGCCGCAGGGGCAAGGGCGGCGGCGCCAAGCCGCCACCGCGCGAGAAGCUCUGGCAGAACGGCUCGUUCCCCGGCAUUGUCGACCUGACGUCACUUUCGUUUCAUUGGAAAGCGCUGGUUGGCGUCCUCUCGCGGUGCGCUCGCAACGUACGGCACAUCACCGAAUCGCUCAACUCCGUGGCGGCGGCGCGGGCCGACGUUGCGGCAACCGGCGGAAACGAUGACAUCGACGAUGACAACGGUGGCGAGGUCACCGAGACCGACGUCGAAACCGAGGACGAGAUGGACACGACUGGUGUUAACAGCGACGGCGACGACUCGGAGUACGACGACGACGACGACAACGAUGAUGAUGAUGAUGAUGAUGAUGAUGAUGAUGAGGGUGGCCUUGCGGUCGACGCGUCGUCGCUUCCCAAGCUCAGUGGCGAGGCUGGACCGCUUGUGGCGUACUUCUCUGGUGUUCUGUGGACGCUGCAGACGUACCGGACCGGGAUUGUGCCAGACUACGGGUUUGCCUACACUGCCAACCGGGCGCCCACGGUACUGAGUCUCGCCAACGUUCUGGUGACGCAGCCGGAGACACUGGCGACGUACGUGCGGGUGCCGACGUCAGCAACGCCCCCAUUAGCUCCGGCAGCCUGUCUCAUGGCGCUGCUGCCGUACGCGGCCCGCGAUGUGCUACCUGGCCCGCUGCGGGCUCUCAUGGAAGCUGACUCGCCGCUGGCCGACCUGUACGCGCGGGCGCCGCGUGGGGCCAAGCUCGACCUCGCUCGAGUGCUCGUCGAGCUCGCGGAGCUGGAGGCGACUUGCUACGCUCGCGACGCUCCUGCUGACUUUGCUGCACUUCGUCGCUUGUUUGUCUUUGGCGAGGUGACGGCGAUUUGGCUGAUGAAGACCGAGCCACCGACGCCGACCUCAGUCUCGUCGGUCUACUUCCAGGCGCCGCCGCUUCCGCCUGGCCAUCGGCCACUGCGCAAGCCUGCACGUCUUCAGAUGGCACCGCUUGGCAGCGAUGACGGGAUCGGUGUGACGGUGGCGGCGCGGAACGGGCGUGGUGGCGGUGGCGGGCGUGGCGGCGGCGGUGGCGGUAGGCGCGGAGGCGGUGGGCGCGGUGGCGGUCGCGGCAGACGCCGCAAGCAGCAGUAGUCAGCACUGCAGUGCAACGAUGCAACGAGACGGCACAAAGAAACAAUGUGUGUUAACGCUGAGGGUUGCGUUCAAUGAAAAUACUGCAUGGA